AGAAAUACGUAUAACCCACCACCGUCGUCUAGAUAUCAAUCAAACAGUCGGAGUCGGAGCUAAUUCCAUUAUCCCAAUCCCUCGUUUCAAUUCGAAGCCCUCACAGAAUCCCUAAUUGACGAAAUCGCCGGAUCGUUGACGAGGAUGGAGUUUGACGAAUACGAGUACCUGGAGAAGACGGCGGAGGAAGGAGAUGGAUUGGAUAGGAAGACGGAAGAGAGCGAGAGGAGUUACAGGAAGAGAGAAGGAGAGAGGCGUGAGGUAGAGAACGGUGACGAAGAGCGAAGGAGCAGUCGGAGUAAGAAGUCUCGGGGAGACGACGAAGAGAGCGGCGAAGGUAGGAGAAGGGAUCGGGAGAAAGAGAGGCACAGGAGCAGCCGAGACAAGGAUAAGAUUAGGGUUAGGGGAGGAUCGAGAGAUAGAGAGAACGAUCGUGAGAGGAGUAGCAAAGAGAGAGAUAGGGGCGAUAGGGAGAGAAGCCGAGACAGAGAGAGGGAGAAGGAUAGAGAGAGGAGAAGCAAAGAGAGAGAUAGGGAGGAUAGGGAGAGGAGAAGCAGCAGUAGAUCACGGAGGGAAGAGAAGGAACGCGAAGUAGUGGAAAGAGGAAGCAGGAGAAACAGGGAGAAGAAAGAUGAGCCUGAAGCUGAUCCAGAGAGAGACCAAAGAACUGUUUUUGCAUAUCAGAUGCCUCUUAAAGCUACCGAGAGAGAUGUUUAUGAGUUCUUCUCCAAAGCUGGCAAGGUCAGGGACGUGAGGCUGAUUAUGGAUAGAAAUUCAAGACGAUCAAAAGGAGUCGGGUAUGUUGAGUUUUAUGAUGUGAUGUCUGUUCCAAUGGCCAUAGCUAUGUCUGGACAUUUGUUUCUUGGACAGCCUGUGAUGGUUAAGCCCUCUGAAGCUGAAAAGAAUCUUGCGCAAUCCAAUACCACUACAGGCGUUGUAGGUGGUUCUGGGCCUUCUGGCCCUGUUGAUCGAAAGCUCUAUGUGGGGAACUUGCAUUACAACAUGACAGAGUUGCAACUUAGACAGAUUUUUGAGCAAUUUGGUCCUAUUGAGCUUGUUCAGAUGCCAUAUGACCUUGUAAGUGGUCAGUGCAAAGGUUAUGGAUUCAUCCAGUUUGCUCAAUUUGAACAUUCAAAGGCAGCACAAACUGCCUUAAACGGACAAUUAGAGAUUGCUGGUAGAACAAUCAAGGUUUCGUUUGUCUCUGAGCAUAUAGGCACACAAGACGCUAAUCCAAAAUCAGCUGAUUUUGAUGAUGAUGAUGGAAAUGGGCUGGCUUUAAAUGCACAAACGAGGGUUCAGCUCAUGCAGAAGCUGGAUCGUACAGGUGUCGCAGCAAACAUUGUGGGACCUUUUGGAGUACCAGCGCUAAAUGGAACAGCUCUUAAUCAACCAGGCAUGAAUCCUGGUUUCCCCACAUCAGUGCUUCCGACAACAGCCAUCCCUGCUUUUGUCACAGAGCCUGUUGGUCAGCCAAGUCAAUGUCUUCUAUUGAAGAACAUGUUUGAUCCUGCAACCGAGACGGAAUUGGAUUUUGAUGAAGAAAUUGAAGACGAUGUUGGUCAAGAAUGCUCCAAGUAUGGGCAGGUCAACCAUAUUUAUGUAGACAAGAAGAGCGCAGGUUUUGUGUAUCUGCGGUUUGAAUCGGUGCAGGCUGCCGCGGCAGCUCAAAGAGCAAUGCACAUGAGAUGGUUUGCGCAAAAGAUGAUAUCUGCAACUUUCAUGCCUCCAAAUGAAUAUGAAGCCAAAGCCAAGGCGUGAAGUGCAGGCAAGAUAGAUUUACUUGUUCAGACUCGGUAUAAAACCUAAACCGGACUGCGAUCCAUAUUCAGUCUCCUGUCUGAAACAUGUUUUAUAUAUAAAUCAAAAGACUAUUGGAGACCUUUCCUUCCGUUCUUGGUUGUUCGUUUUAGCCGUAACAUUCCCAUAUCAUUUAUCAUAAACUUAUUUUAUCUUAUUUCAACAGUGUUACUAUUUGUUUACAGUUUUGAAAUUGACUUGGUGUUUCUAAACGAUGAUAUGAGAUUGUAAAGAUUUUUACUGA